CCCUCGUCUCUUUCUGCCUCUUUUAGACGCGGAGGGAAAAAAAAUAUACUGUUGGGACUUACCUCUGCGCUGACGGCCGGCGUUUGUCUGCGUCGCGUCAGGUCACGCAAAGCGACCAUGGCCUCGCCGCAGCAUCAGCAGCUCCUGCGCAACACGGAGGUGAGCUGCGACUCCAGCGGCGACGGCGCGGUGUCGGUGCGCAUCAGCGGCGUCAAGCCGCACAAACAGCCGCAGCACCACGGCCCAGGGAGCCUGUGCGCGGGCGGCGGGGGCGGCAGCGGCAGCGCGGGGGCCUCCAAGCACUGCAAGUACAGCAUCUCCUCCAGCUGCAGCUCGGGGGAGUCCGGGCUGCGGAGGCCGGCGGUGAAGGGGUUCCGGAGCCAGCGAAGGAUGCCCCAGCUGUUCGAGAGGUCAACUGCGCAGUUCUGGGACCCUGGGUUCGACUCGCCCAUCCUGGAGGAGGCGUGCCGGGAGAGGUGCUUCCCACAGGCGCAGCGGCGGUUCCGCUACGUGCUCUUCUACCUGUCCGCCGCCGGGCUGCUGUGGGGUGUGUACUUCGCCGCCAACCCCGCCCGCUGCGACGCGGCCGCCUUCCUGGCGCCCACCGCCUCCUUCCUGCUCUUCUGCCUCCUCCUCUUCCUCUUCACCUUCACCCGCCUCUACGUCCGCUUCUACAACCAGGCCUCGCUGCUGCUCAUCGUGGCCACCUUCGCCCUCACGCUGGCGCCGCAGAUACAGACCGCCGGCUUCAGGGACCCGGAGGGGGUCCCCGUGGAGGACGACGGCUUCGACGACGUCAUUGCCGCGGAGAGCGGGAACCUCAGCCUUCGCCGCGCCUCCCCAGCGAGCUCCUGGGCUCCCUGCAUCUCCCCCGUGGGCACUUUCUCCCUGUGCAUGGAGGUGCUGCUCCUGCUCUAUAGUGUGCUGCACGUCCGCCUCUACGCCUCCGUGCUGCUGGGCCUCCUCUACUCCACCUCCUUCGAGGCCCUGGGCUGGAUCCACCUGGCCCGGGGCGGCCCGCGGGCCCUAGACUCGGACUGGGAGGCACUCACCUGGCUGGCGCCGGCCCGGGCCCUGCUGCACCUGUGCGCCCACGCCAUCGGCAUCCACCUGUUCAUCAUGUCAGAGGUGCGGUCCCGCAGCACCUUCCUGAAGGUGGGCCAGGCCAUCAUGCACGGCAAGGACCUGGAGGUGGAGAAGGCUCUGAAGGAGCGCAUGAUCCACUCGGUCAUGCCGCGGCGGGUGGCGGACGAGCUGAUGAAGCAGGGCGACGAGGAGAGCGAGAACUCCGUCAAGCGCUACUCCACGGUGGCGUCGGGCGGCGUUGGCGGCGGGGCCGGGGGGGGUGUCGGCCCGGGAGGGGCAGGCGCCUCCUCCUCCUCCUCUCCCAAGGGCAACAAGCGGAAGAAGACGUCCAUCCCGCGAGGCCAGAUCAUCUUCCGGCCCUUCAACAUGAAGCGCAUGGAGCCCGUCAGCAUCCUGUUCGCAGACAUCGUGGGCUUCACCAAGAUGAGCGCCAACAAGUCGGCCCACGCGCUGGUGGGGCUGCUGAACGACCUGUUCGGCCGCUUCGACCGCCUGUGUGAGCUGACGUGCUGUGAGAAGAUCAGCACGCUGGGUGACUGCUACUACUGCGUGGCGGGCUGCCCGGAGCCCCGCCCCGACCACGCCUACUGCUGCGUGGAGAUGGGGCUGGGCAUGAUCCAGGCCAUCGAGCAGUUCUGCCAGGAGAAGCGUGAGAUGGUCAACAUGCGCGUGGGCGUGCACACGGGCACCGUGCUCUGUGGAAUCCUCGGCAUGCGCCGCUUCAAGUUCGACGUCUGGUCCAACGACGUCAACCUGGCCAACCUCAUGGAGCAGCUGGGCGUGGCCGGCAAGGUGCACCUCUCCGAGGCCACCGCCGGCUUCCUGGACGACCGCUACCAGCGUGAGGACGGCCGCGUCACCGAGCGGGUCGGCCAGAGCGUGGUGGCGGAGCAGCUGAAAGGACUGAAGACGUACCUGAUCUCGGGCCGGAAGGUGGAGCAGUCCCAGUGCAGCUGCUCCCAGCUGGCCCUGGCUGCCCCGGAUGCCGGGGGUGCCCUGAACCUCACCCCUCGCGCCCGUACCCCCGACGUCCCACCUUCCGCUGACACCCUGCCGCACGACCCCGCCGACAGGACAAAGUCUCCCUGCCUCUCCUGCAGUGUGCUGUUGAAUCCGGGAGAGGGUCAGACGGUGGAGGAGGGGGCGGUGCAGAAUGGCUGUCAGGACGAGCACAAGGCCAGCAGCGGCAAGGUCGGCCCCGUCCGGAGCCCCCGCACCCUGAACGGCCUGCUGAGCCCCCACCUGGAGGAGGUGCUCACGCACAGCCAGACCUCUCUGUGCGAGAUGCUGCAGGAGAAGGAGAAGAAGUGGGGGGGGACUGGGGUCGGGAUGGGGGGAGGCGGCGUGGGCACCAUGGACCACUCCGCCCUCAUCCCGCUGCGCUCCAAGAACUUCCGCGAGAGGAGCGACGCCCACUUCGUUGACGUCAUCAAGGAGGACAGCCUGAUGAAGGAUUACUUCUUCAAGCCACCCAUCAACAAGCUGGGCCUGAACUUCUUGGAGAAGUCCCUGGAGUCGGCCUACAGGAAGAGCUACCAGGAGGAGGUGGAGACGCGGGCCCCGGUGCAGACGUUUGCCAGCCCCACCUUCAGCUCGUUCCUGGACGUGGCCCUGUCAUGCGCUGUGUUCCUGGUGCUCACGCUGGCCUGCUUCCUGCGGCCCCUGCUGUCCGAGCAGACUCCCGCCACGCCCACCCUCCCCCUCGUCCUGGCCGCCCUCGCCGCCCUGCUGGAGGGCCUGUCGCUGCUGUUGUCCAUCCGCAUGGCCUUCUGCCUGGACAGUGUGAUGAGCUGCACUCUCUCCCUCCUGACGGCCAUCUCGGGCUGGGUCCCCCGACACCUGAUCGGGGCCGUGCUGGUCUCCCUGCCCGCCGUAUCCGUCUUCUCACACGUCACCUGCGACCUCCACCACUCCAUACAGUUCACCAUGUUCACCUGCUGUGGCGUCAUCAUCGCCAUCAUCCAGUACUGCAACUUCUGCCAGCUAUGCUUCUGGAUGCGCUCCAUCCUGGCCACCGUGGUGGGAGUCGUGCUGCUGGCGUUGCUCUACAGCCCCCUCUGCUGGCCACAGUCAAACAACAGCAGUGCUGCAGAGUUUCCACUAGAACCGGCCCUCCGGCCGCAGGACCUGCUGGGCCCAGAGGCCAUUCUGGCCUUCUUCCUGCUGUUGCUGCUGGUCUGGUUCCUGAACCGCGAGUUCGAGGUCAGCUACCGGCUGCAUUACCACGGCAACGUGGAGGCGGACCAGCACCGCAUCAAGAUCCAGAACAUGCGGGACCAGGCGGACUGGCUUCUGCGCAACAUCAUCCCCAUCCACGUGGCCGAGCAGCUGAAGGUGACGCAGAGCUACUCCAAGAACCACGACGACGUGGGCGUCAUCUUCGCCAGCAUCGUCAACUUCAGCGAGUUCUACGAGGAGAGCUACGAGGGCGGCAAGGAGUGCUACCGCGUGCUCAACGAGCUGAUCGGCGACUUCGACGAGCUGCUCCGCCAGCCGGCCUUCGCCAACAUCGAGAAGAUCAAGACCAUCGGUGCCACCUACAUGGCGGCGUCGGGGCUGAACCCGCAGCAGUGCGGCGAGGCGGGCCGGCCGCACGGGCACCUGCGCGCACUCUUCGACUUCGCCCUGGAGAUGAUGCGCGUGGUGGACGAGUUCAACAAGAACAUGCUGGGCUUCCAGUUCAAGCUGCGCAUCGGCUUCAACCACGGGCCGCUGACGGCCGGCGUCAUCGGCACGACCAAGCUGCUGUACGACAUCUGGGGCGACACGGUGAACAUCGCCAGCCGCAUGGACUCCACCGGCGUGGAGUGCCGCGUGCAGGUGAGUGAGGAGAGCUACUGCGUCCUGGGCGAGAUGGGCUACGACUUCGACUACCGCGGCACCGUCAACGUCAAGGGCAAGGGCCAGAUGAGGACCUUCCUGUACCCCAAGAGCGCCGACAGCGGGCCGGUGCCGCAGUACCAGCUGUCGGUGUCGCCCGAGAUCCGGGCGCAGGUGGACGGCAGCAUCGGCCGCUCGCCCACUGACGAGAUCGCCAACAUGGUGCCCUCUGCCGCCGCCGGCCCUGCCUCUGCCCAGGCUCCCGCUGCUGGGGUCCCGGGGCAAGAGCGCAUGGUCACCCAGGCCAGCGGGACACCCGAGGGUAGUGAGGACGCUCAGGGACUGCCCAGAGCCCAGGGGCCUGGGCCUGGCCUAACCACCACCCCCACUCCAACAUUCGGGGCCUGCCCUGGUCCCACUAUCACCCCAACUUCAACACUCGGACCUGCCCCUGGUCCAACCACCACCCCCACUCCAACACUUGGGCCUGCCCCUGGUCCAACCACCACCCCCACUCCAACAUUCAGGGCCUGCCCUGGUCCCACCAUCACCCCAACUUCAACACUCGGACCUGCCCCUGGUCCAUCCACCACCCCCACUCCAACGCCUGGGCCUGCACCUGGCUCCGCCCCUCCUCCUGCCCCCUGUCCCACCUUCACUCCCACCGUGGGGACUGCUGCCAGUCCCUCCCCUGGCCCUGCCCCUCCUAGUCCCCUCCCUCCCGGUCCCACCCCUGUUCCUGGGGCAGCCCAGGUGCCUCAGGCACAAGCCAUGCCUGUCUCCUCGGCCCCUCCCCUGCCGCCGGCCCCCGCCCACACUGCGACUCUCAGGUCAGAGCGGAGGGAGGGGCGGGAGGAAGAGGAGGAGGAGGACGAAGAGGAGGAGGAGGUUGGCGAGCUGACCAAACUGUAAAAUCCGCAGAACACCUUCAACGCUGCUGAUUCGCCAGCCCUUUAAUCCCGGCCACUCAG